CGAUGGCACAACGAGAUGUCGUGGCCCACGUGUCAACAAGUGAAAAGGACAUUGAUGCUCGUUGUGAUAGCAAGCCGUUUCAAACGCCCACGAAUGCAAAUUAUUAUUAAUAAUAAUAAUAACGCGAAUUUUAGAGGACCACAUUCGCCGUUAGGUCUCAAUUCGAGAGAGAUGACGAGAGGAAAGCAGAAGAUUGAGGCGCAGAGACGAAAUGCAGAGAGGAAUCAGAAGUCAAAAGGAUCGCAACUUGAGGCCCGAGCGGUUGCCCUCAAAGUUAGUUGCCCUAUCUGUAAGACGCAACUGGCAAAUCACAAUCAGCUUGGUGAUCAUUAUUCUUCCAAACAUCCGAAGGAAAAACCUCCUUCUCAAGCAAGUUGAUUGAUUUCCCCUUAAAUAAAUAUGCAAAGAAAAAGAAAAUUUGGUCUGCGGAAGUUGUAAUAUGUGCUAACUUUGUUAUCUGAACAGAGGAGUUUGCUUUUCCAUCUAGCUUUCUGUAGAAUGGGACUUUGAAUGACUGAAGGAUGAUAAAGGCUGGCUGUUUACUUUCCAAA